AAAUAAACAACAACCUAUUUACAGGAAUCAUUCUUAUUAGAUUUAUAUAAUCAUAUAAAUUGUUUGUAUAUAUGAGUUAAUAAUGAAGGAUGUAUUAUUCUCUGUACUGUUCAGCCUUCUUGUUUUGCUAUGCAGUUCGUUUAAUUUAGAAGACAGAUUACCUAUAAUAAAAGUUGGGCCACCUGGCAGCUUGUUUGGAUUAUCUGUAGCUUUACACCACGUCACAGAAGAUGUUACCAACCUAAAUGAUGCCGUAAUGUUGGUCGGGGCCCCCACAGCCGAUGCCGAGGGCUACCAUAGUGAGGACUCAUACAAGCCGGGAGCUUUGUUUAAAUGUGGGGUGAACAUGAACAAGAAUGGUUGUCAAUCCAUUGUUAUUGAUGAUGCAGUGAUCGGGACACCUCUGCCACAAGCAAAUUCAUUGCAAGUAAACAAUUCAAACCAAUGGUUGGGCGUCGUGGUUCGUCCACAGAAACCGGGGGGGAAAGUAGCUGUAUGUGCCCAUAAGUUCACUAUACGUGGAGGAGGGGGUAGCAGGGGGAUUAUAUGGGAGGCUGAAUUAGGCAGAUGUUAUGUACUCAAGAAUAAUCUUCAACCUAUUGAAUUUCAAAGCCAACAUAUACCUUGUAUAGGUAAACUUGAUCCCGAUGGUUCAUACACGCAAGCAUUUUAUGGAUAUUCGCAAGCUGGUACGUCAGUUGCAUUCGCUGACGAUGUGGAUGAGGACAUUGUGUUUGGAAUGCCCGGCCCUCUACAUUGGACAGGCAUGUUAGCUACUGACAGUGUAAAAGGUCAAGAUCAAUGGUUUAGAAGUGAAAAAGCUUGGGUCCCUGAGUUGCCGUUAAGGUUACGCAAGGAGCCAGUGGCCCAAAACUCUUACCUCGGUUUUUCGCUCGACACGGGAAGAUUAUACGGAAGGUUCAUCAAUUAUGUAGCCGGAGCUCCUCGUGCCAACGAUACAGGAAGCGUGGUGGUGUUUGAGAAAGAGGAGGAUGGUGUAGCUAAAGUGCUGACGAUGAAGGAAAUCCUCCAAGGUGAAAAUCUUGCGUCAUCGUUCGGAUACGAUGUAAAAGUCAUCGAUAUAACAGGGGACGGACGCGAGGAUUUGCUUGUUGGCGCUCCACAAUAUUACGACAAGGAGGAAAGAUAUGGGGGAGCCGUUUAUAUUUACGUAAACAAGGGGUUAAGCAAGAUUGGUCCAACGCCCACCAAGAUAUUAUACGGCGAUGUUGACUCAUCGUUUGGGAACUCUAUAUCAACAUUGGGCGAUAUCAACAUGGAUGGGACAAACGACGUCGCUAUUGGGGCUCCUGGGGCUGAUAAGGGGUCGGGGNCCGUGUAUAUAUUCCAUGGCAAUCCUGACCCCAAUCUAGGGGUUUAUGAGGAACCUGCACAGGUGAUCCAUGCAUACAACCUUACUGAAUCAGGGUUGAUCGACUUUAAUGUAACGGGGUUCGGAUAUUCAUUGGAUGGUGGUUUGGACAUGGAUAUGAAUGAAUAUCCCGAUCUAUUGGUUGGUUCAUUAUCUGAAGUUGCUGUUAUACGCGAGGAUUUGCUUGUUGGCGCUCCACAAUAUUACGACAAGGAGGAAAGAUAUGGGGGAGCCGUUUAUAUUUACGUAAACAAGGGGUUAAGCAAGAUUGGUCCAACGCCCACCAAGAUGUAA